AUGGCUUCUAUCCGCGCGAACUGCCGCAAGGUUAUGUGCAUCGGCCGCAACUAUGCCGAUCACAUUACUGAGCUCAAUAACACAGCUCCUAAGCAGCCAUUCUUUUUCCUCAAGCCUGUAUCCUCAAUCCUCUCCCCCGGCUCGGGUCCCGUCCUCCGUCCCAAGGGCGUCAGCUUGCACUAUGAGGUUGAAUUGGGUCUGGUGAUUGGCAAGACUGUGCGCGAUCUCGAUCCCAACGAUGAGAAGGCUGCAUUGGACUCGAUUCAGAGCUACGUGCUCGCCAUUGAUAUGACAGCUCGCAAUGUGCAAGACGAGGCCAAGAAGAAGGGUCUUCCCUGGUCCAUCGCUAAGGGCUUCGACACCUUCCUCCCUAUCUCGCAGGAGAUUGCCAAGUCGCGCAUCCCUAACCCUCACGACGCGUUCCUGCGCCUGAGUGUUGGCAAUGCCGAGCGCCAGGCCGACUCGACUAGCCUGAUGCUGUACCGUAUUCCCCAGCAGCUGGCGCAGAUCUCUCGCGUGAUGACCCUGGAGAAGGGUGAUAUUGUUCUUACCGGUACGCCCAAGGGUGUUGGACAGGUUAAAGCGGGCGAUGUUAUGAGGGCAACGAUUGAGGUUGAUGGGAAGGAGAUUGAGGAGGGACGAAUUGAGGUUGAGGUGCAGGACCGGGAGGGGCGGUAUGAGUUCAAGGAGACUUAA